AUGUCUGUCACGAAGAAGGAAAAGCCUCUGCACUCUCUCAUUGCGGGGGCGACUGCUGGCGCCGUCGAGGCGUUCGUGACCUACCCUGCCGAGUUUGUCAAGACGCGCUCUCAGUUCGGCGGUAAGAAGGAGCCCCCAUUCACAGUCAUCCGAAACACUCUGCGAACACAAGGUCUCAGCGGUCUCUACUCUGGUUGCACUGCACUCGUCAUCGGUAAUUCGGUCAAGGCUGGAGUGCGUUUCGUGAGCUACGACCACUUCAAGGCGGCUCUGGCUGAUCCAGAGGGCAAGGUCAGCGCCCCGCGAAGCUUGCUUGCUGGCCUCGGAGCUGGCAUGAUGGAGGCUAUAUUCGCUGUUACCCCAUCAGAAACAAUCAAGACGAAGCUUAUCGACGAUGCUAAGCGACCCCAGCCGCAAUACAGGGGACUGGUACACGGCACGAUGUCUAUCGUGCGCCAGGAAGGUAUCAGAGGAGUGUAUCGAGGCUUGUUCCCUGUCAUGAUGCGCCAGGGCGGAAAUUCUGCUGUCCGCUUCACGACCUAUGCGACCGUGAAACAGUUUGUACAGAGCCGGUCACGUCCCGGCCAAGUACUCCCCACGGGCGUCACAUUUGGCAUUGGUGCGAUUGCGGGAAUCGUCACCGUAUAUACCACUAUGCCCUUGGACGUGAUUAAAACGCGCAUGCAAUCCCUCGAAGCGCGAGCGCAGUAUCGCAAUUCAUUUCACUGUGCGUAUCGCAUUUUUACUGAGGAAGGCAUUCUGCGGUUCUGGACCGGGACUACACCACGUUUAGCGCGUCUCACACUGAGUGGAGGAAUUGUGUUCACCAUGUACGAGAAGAUCAUAAUACUGAUUGGAGGUCGAGAGGUGUAA